AUGUCAGCCAUUGCCCAAGGCAUUAAGGAGUUGGUCAAAAAGUCCAUUGCGGACAACAGUGUCAUGUUGUUUAGCAAGAGCUACUGUCCCUAUUGCACUGGUGCUAAAGACUUAUUUGAGGAUCUCGAUGUCACCUACAAGGCUCUCGAACUCGAUACACAUGAAAAUGGAUCCGAGAUACAAAAAGCACUCGCUGAAAUGACAGGACAAAAGACGGUGCCCAACGUAUUUAUUAACAGCAAGCACAUUGGUGGAUACAGUGAUUUGGAUUCAGUAUAUCGAUCAGGAAAGCUUGAAAGCUUGUUCAAGGAUGCUGGCAUCAAGUUCUCCAAGCUCUAA